AUGAUCAGUGCCACUAAGCGCUGGUUCCGGCGCAAUCGCAAGGGCCUUGCAAUAGGAGCGGGCGUUAUCGGAGCGGGCUAUCUCGCCGGCCAAUAUGUACUGGGCAAGAUCUCGGAGGCAACCGAGCGUAUGGGAAGUGAUCGUGUUGCUCGAGAGAACCUACGGAGACGCUUCGAACAGAACCAAACCGACUGUACCUACACUGUCCUAGCACUCUUACCCACUGCCGCGGAGGAUAUAUUGGAGGCAUUGCCGGUCGAGGAGUUGACGAAAGAGCUACAAAAGAAGCGCGCGGAGCGGUUAGCUCGCCUCGGCACGGCUGAGGGAACAAGCUCUGAUCUGAGCUCAAUCUCGCCGAGUAUCACAGAUGAUGAUCGCCGAAGUCUCUCCAGCUUCCAAAGCGAUGGUUUUGUCCGCGCAAGUCAGCUAGGAGAAUCCACACUUGAGGGUGCCGCACCGUCGCCGUCGCCAAAGCGGAACAAGACUCAGUUGUGGAAUGAGGUUAAGAUCACCUCUAUCACUAGGUCUUUUACGCUGAUCUACACCCUAUCCCUAUUGACUAUUUUCACUCGUAUCCAACUCAACCUUCUUGGUCGUCGAAAUUAUCUGUCUAGCGUGAUUUCUAUGGCCACACCCCCCGCGAAUGCAUCGACGAUCAGACUUGAAGACCAUGAUGAUGAUGACCUUACACAGACUCUGGGUAAUGACUUCGAAACCAACCGGCGGUAUCUGGCCUUUAGUUGGUGGCUUCUUCACCGUGGCUGGAAGCAAUUGAUGGAGGAGGUGCAAUCCGCUGUGACGGAAGUUUUCGGGUCGUGCAACCCCAGAGAGGAUAUUUCGCGAGGCAAGCUGGCAGAACUGACCCUGCAAGUCCGAAGGAAAGUGGAAGGGGAUACCGAGGCGGAGCGAAAAGAGGAAGAGGAUCAUCUGCUGGAAGAGUCCGGUGUUCUAGGAGUGACAGAACCCUCGACCUCUCAAACCACUGCGACACUGCGGCACCUGUUGGACGAGACAGCCGACCUCAUUGACUCUCCGACAUUCACCCGCGUUGUCUUGCUUCUCAACAACGAGUGCUUCGAGACCUUGAUCCAACAAUGCGCAGCAGACGCUUUCAAGUCAUCGCACACGCCUGCCCCUCAGUCGUUCACAUCCGUUGCCACGGUCGUCCCUGGGGCAGCCAGCUCGGAACCGAAGACUAAGCUUGCAAAUGUGCUGGCCGUAUUGGCUCGACAAGCCCAUGUGAUCGGCAACGGCACUGCUCCUCCCAACUUAUACCUUAACGCCAUAGAACAAGGAGUUCGGGAGCUGGAAGCUUUUGCGGCCGUCACCCAGACGUCCGCCGCGGGCCUGCCCCCGCUGACUUCCACGACCGAGCGCAAAUUAAUGGCCAAGAUUGACUGGCAUAUCGUCCCAUGCCUGUGCAUCAUGUACUUGCUGGCUUUCUUGGAUCGGGUGAAUAUCAGUAAUGCUGCGGUGCUCGGACUGCAGAAGGAUCUUAACAUUGUCACCGGCACCAAAUACAACACUGCAUUGACCAUCUUCUUCGUGCCUUAUGUGCUGUUCGAGAUUCCGUCCAACCUGCUGCUCAAGAAGCUGAAGCCGCAUGUGUGGUUGUCCUUGUGCAUGUUCGGUUUCGGCCUCGUCAUGAUUUGUCAAGGGCUGGUUACCAGUUGGGGUGGCUUGGUAACCACGCGCUGGUUUCUGGGUACAAUUGCUCUCAUGUUCGUUGCUGGCUUCUAUCUGCUAGGCACGUGGUAUAAGCGAAGUGAAGCGCAAAAGCGUUUCAGUUUCUUCUUCGGCUCCACCACCCUGGCGGGUGCCUUUGGUGGCCUCUUAGCUAGUGGUCUCGGAAAGAUGGCUGGCCUACGAGGCUACGGCGGCUGGCGAUGGGUUUUCAUCAUCGAAGGUGUUCUCACUUGCGUGGUUUCCUUCGUAUGGUACUUCAUCAUUCCUGGGUUCCCAGAGGAUGUCAAAUGGAUCAAUGAUGAGGAGCGAAGGUACAUCCAGGCAAAGCUUGCUCAGGAUGUGGGCAAGGCCGGACACAAUGCCCAUAUCGGUUUCCGAGAGGUGCUGGAUGUGUUCAAGGACUGUAAGCGCCGCCUUAAUCGUUUCGUAUUGAGCAAGCCCCGGGCAAGCCUCCAACAAGUUCGAAAGAACUUCGCUAACAGUUUCAGGGUAUGCCUACUUUGCACCGUCCAUCAUCAAGACCUAUGGAUACGGAGGUAUACCAUCCAAACGCAGCUGUACUCGAUCCCACCAUGGGCGGCCGCCUUCGUCUUCUCGAUGCUCAUUGCAAUUUUGUCUGAUAAAUUCAAGCAUCGGUUUGCGUUCACCUUGAUUCCGAUGUUGGUCACCAUGGCAGGAUACGGGAUCCUCUUGAAUGUCCAUGGUGUAGCUCAUCGGAACGUCCAGUAUGGGGCUCUUUUCAUGGUCACUUGUGGCACUUACAGCGCAAUGCCCGUGAUUGUCUGCUGGUAUGCUAUGAACUUAGGCGGCCAUCGGCGACGCAGUGUAGGGACAGCAUGGCAGAUAGGGUUUGGAAACAUCGGUGGGUUCAUUUCAACCUAUGCAUUUCUAGCGAAAGAUGCGCCUCUCUACCGCAAUGGAUACAUCAUCAGUCUGUCCUUCCAGUGCUUCUCGGCUGCCUGCUGCAUUCUCUACUUCGCAGCGAUCUGGGCUGCCAACAAGCGACGUGACCGGAUUAUGGCUAGGAACACCCAGUCGACACUCCUCGAAGACGAGGAAGAAAUCGAGGGUGAUCUGGCAGUGACGUACCGAUACGCGUACUAA